AUGCAAAGGGCGCCGCUUGUUUGCCAGGGCCUGGGUCUCCAUGACCAUCUCCAGUCAGUGGGUCACCCCGUUGGAUUUCUGGCCAGGCCCGCACCCACGUCGACGUCCUUCUUCAUCGACUGCCGCCUCUACCGGCCGACCCAGGAGGAGGCCGAAUAUGCGCGCCGGUCGCUCGGCGAGAACGACGUUGAAGAAGUGCCAUCCGAACCGCCGCCGGAGCCGAAGGCGAUAAAGCCCAAGCCAAAAGGCCUGCUGCAAAAGGGGCUUGCGAUGGCCAAAGACUAUGCCCUGCAGGCGGCUGGCGAAUACUUCAGCAGUGCCGGCGGUAAAGGGGACCCCGAAGUCGAAAGGCAGUGCCACGAGCUCUAUGGCCUCUUCCAGAGGAAGAACGUCAUGGAAGCGCACACAGACCGAACGCUGAAAAGGAGCAGAGGAGGGAAGUCCAAGCCGCUCGCCAAUCUCGAGGGUGACAAGGCUCCAGGUGGCCUCUUCAUCCAGCACACGGCCUCUCACCAGUGGUACCACUGCUUCAUUUUGGGGAAGAAGGAGGACGCUCAGCUGCAGUGUGUGGCGAUGGAGCCCGACUGGAUCUUCCAGAAAACGAAUCGCAAGCUUUGCGGCUUGCAAUCGUGCGACUACGAUCGUCUCACCUUUAAGACCGAGUGCCUCGACAGGGUGGUCGGUUGGAUCCCGCGGUCGCAGUGUGUUUAUGUUGGCCACCAUGGGCAGGUGCAUCCCAAGGACAUGAUGGGAACCCCUGUCCCGUAUUCGGCUGGAAGCCCAGCUGCGCAAACAUACCGCGCACUGAUCUGUUGGGAUGGAACUUGGGCCGGAUGCGCCGAUGUCCUCGUGACAAUCUCCAUGUUGCAGAAGUGA